UCAUGUGUGAGUGGUCAUGCAUUCAUCCCAGGGCUCAUGUGUGGAGGUCAGAGGACAACUUGGAAUCACUUCUCACCUUCCACCAUGUGGGUCCUGGGAGUCGAACUCAGAUUCUCAAGGCUGGUAACAAGCACCUUUACCCAAUGAGCCAUCUCGCUGUCCUCCAGAAAUCAGAUUACUUAGGGAAGGCUGUUAGUCUCCUGGCCUGGUUAGUAGUAAUAGGCAUUUAUUGAGUGCUGGUUUUGUAGCUGGCACUGUACUGAGGGUUUAAUAUGCACUGCCUUGUUUAGCCUUAAUGACAGCAUGGUGAGGUUGGGACAAGAGACUCCGAGAGGUUAAGUAACCCGAGUGAGGCAGCACAGCUAGAAUCCCAGGAAUGAUUUGAAUUCAGGCCUGUGGCACAGGGCACCCUCCCAACUCUGGUUGGCCUGGAACUCACAGAGAUUCACUACCUCUAUCUCUUCCCCUGCCCCUACCCCAUGCUGGGAUCAAAGGUGUAUGCCAUCACACCCAGCUCUCAUGCUGUUUUGACUUCAGGUGGAUCCCAGCCUCAAUACCUCUUGUGAUCAUCUCUGACAGCCUAGCCCCCGGGCCCAAGGAUGGCAGAGACAAAAGACCUUGCUCAGCUUCGGCGGCUCAAUCUAGAGCUCCUGAGGCAGCUGUGGGCUGGGCAGGAUGCCGUGCGUCGGUCUGUGGCAAGGGCAGCCUCAAAGUGUAAAACUGAGGCCUUGGGAGGCAGAGACAGGACUGGGGCACUGCUGAGGCUGGAGGAAGAUAAAGACCAAGAUUCCUGGUGUCCAGAGCAGGUUGCAGUGAGUGGGCAGUGGCCAGGAGGCCACUUGGGUGACCUCGCCUGUCUUCUCCAGUCAAACCUGGAUUCUAGUUGCCACUUCGAGUCAGAGACUCCACCUUCCUCAGAGACAACACCUUCCCUAAAGACACCACCGUUCCCAGAGUCUUCCUCCACCUCCUCCAGGGCCUCCAGCUCACAGGACAAAAGUCAUAUGUGCGACCCACUGGACAGCCAUCAAGGCAACACCCAUGAUACAUCCUGGUGUGGCAGGGCCAGUUCCAGUGUGGACUCUCUCCCACCUGUCACAUACCAACACCCAGAGCCUCUGGGUGGACAGAGACCCCACUCAGCACCCUCGCCACCUAUUGAAGGUCUGAAGGAACCUGUGCCUUCAGGGGGAGCAAAAGAUCUGGGGCCCCAGGAAACAGAGGGCCUAAGGUCUUCCCUGUCACGACAAAGAAAGGCAUCCAAGCCCAGAGUGACCUUCUUCCAGGAGUCGAUGAUGCCUGAGAGCAGCUGGCGCCUCUGGCCAUACCUGGGCUACGAUUGGAUUGCAGGGUCCCUGGACAAUCGUUCUCAGGUCACCAGUGAGCCUGAGGCCUUCUUUUCGACGCUGCAGAAGUUUCGGGAAACCAACAAAGAGGACUGUGUGUGCAGCUCUCCUGAAGCUGUGUUCCCAGGCCUGCAAGACAGCAGUGGCAUGGAGGAGGGCCACCAGUGUGAGUAUAGGCUUCCAGCAUCACCAGUGGUGAUCCAUCUUUACUCUGCCUGGGCCUAUCCCCCAAGUCAAGGUGUGUACUGCUACCGUAUCAACCGACGCCUGUUUCCUGUGCCAGUGGAUCCUGGUGCCCCCUGCCACCUGUGUGGGAUACCUCGGGGCCAGAGGGACAAUGAGAGCUUGGUGAAUCCAGCCCAGGUCAGGGUGAGCAUGCCAGUGUCCAUCCUGGACCCCCCACACCGGUACCGAAUUCACCGACGGAAGAGCUUUGACGCCUCAGACACACUGGCUCUGCCUCAGCACUGUCUGCUGGGCUGGGACACCUUCCCUCCGAAGUCUGAGAAAAGCUCUGCCUCCAAGAGCCUAGACCUCUGGUCUUCUGUCCAUGAGCUACAAAGUCAGCAUCUGUCGGCUGCCACCCCAUCUCGUCUGGUAGGAUCCAGGGCCUUGCCAGCACGGGUCCCACCGCCCACUCUGAUCUGGUCAGAGCCCCUGGUUCCCCAACUCCACAACCUUCACUAAAGGCUCUGAAGACUGACCACUGGAGGAUGAGCCUUCCUGCCAGCCUCUCCUGAGGAGGCAGCACCUGAGAGACAGAAGCGGACAAGAUAAGGCAGAAGCCUGACGUGGGGGUGGCUGUGCUUGCUCUCUGGGGUUGGGCAGGUGGGAGGCCAAAGCCUAGCCCUGCUUCCUGGGGUCUAGAAAGUAGGAACUCCAGGGUGGAGGGUAAGGGGAUGCUGUGACUAGUUUGAAAAUAAAGCUUAGGGCUCUGUAGUUCCCACA